AUGAUGAUGAGGAAUGAGGAUGACGAUGACGAUGACGAUGAGGAUGAAGAUGAGGACGAAGAUGAGGAUGAUGAUGAGGAUGAGGAGGAGGAUGAGGACGAGCAUGAGCAUGAGUGUGAGUAUGAUAAUGAGGAUGAGGAUGAAGAUAAGGAUGAGGAUGAAGAAGAAAAUGAGGAUGACGAUGAGAAUGAGGAUGACGAUGAAAAUGUGGAUGAGGAUGACGAUAAGGAUGAGGAUGAAGACGACGAUGACAAUGACGAUGACGAUGACGAUGACGAUGAUGAGGAUGAGGAAGAAGAGGAUCAUGAGGAUGAGGAUGAGAGUGGGAAUGCGCAUGAGAAUGAGAAUGAGGAUUACGUACAAGAUGAUGAGGAGGAGGAUGAGGUUGAGGACGAGGAUGACGAUGAUGAUGAGAUGAAUGAGGAUAAAGAUGACGAUGUUGUGGAUGAACAUGAGGAUGAGGAUGCGGAUGAGGAUGUGGGUGAGGAUGAGGAUGUGGAUGAGGAUGAGGAUGCGGAUGAGGAUGAGGAUGCGGAUGAGAUGACGAUGAUGGAUGAAGAUGAGGAGGAUGAGGACGAAGAUGAUGAUGAUGAGGAUGAGGAUGAGGAUGCCGAUGAGGAUCAGAAUCAGGAUGAGGUUCAAGAUGAAACUGAGGAUGGGGAUGGGGAUAAUGAUGAGGACGAGGAUGCGGAUGCUGGCGACGAUGAUCAUGAGGAUGAGGAUGAGAAUGAAAAUGAGGAUAUGAAUGAGAAUGAGGCUGACGAUGACGAUGAGAUUGAGGAUAAGGAUGAUGAUCAGGAUUAUGAUGAGGAUCAGGAUGAGGACGAAGAUGGAAUCAUGAUGAUGAUGACGUUGAUGAUGAUGAGGAUGAAGAUGAGGAGGAUGUGGAGGAUGAGGAUGGGGAUGAGGACGAUGAGAUCAGAAGAGGAUGAGGAUGAGGACAAAGAUGUGGAUGAGGAUGAGGAUGACGAUGACGAUGACGAUGAAGAACAUGAGGAUCAUUACGAAGAUGAUGAUGAAAAUGAGGAUAAAAAUGUGGAUCAGGAUUACGAAGAAGAUGAGGAUGAGGAUGAGGAUGAAGAUGCUGAUGAGGAGGAGGAGGGGGAGGAGGAGGAUGAAGAUGUUGACGAGGAUGACCAUGAGGAUGAGGACGAGUAUCAGGAUGAGAAUAAAAAUGAAGACCAGUAUGACGAUGCGGACGAGAUGAGGAUGAGGAUAAGGACGAGGAUGACGAUGACGCUGAAAAUGAGGAUGAGUGUGAGGAUGAGAAUGAGAAUAAGGAUGAGGAUGACAAUGACGAUGAGGAUGAGAUGA